UCUCUCUCUCUCUUGUGUGCGCUCUGUGCACGAGCUCUGCGCGCAGCCGCCUCUCAGAGAGAGACAGGCUUCAGGGAGCACCGGAGAGAGCAGACGGAGCCGGAGACGGAGCGACAGCGGGAGAAAGAUGGAGGUGAGGGUCGGGGAGAGACUCCUGUGCCUUGCUGUGCUGUCCAGCGUCUUCUUCGUGGACUCAGUCGUCGGGAAAUACGUCAAAGGCAUCGUCAACACCAAAGAGGACUGGGUUUUCCUCACUCGUUUCUGCUUUCUCACCGACUUUGGACGUCUGGACUUCCGGUUCCGCUAUCCAAAGUCUCGCUGCUGUCAGAACAUAUUGCUCUACUUUGAUGACAGUUCUCAGUGGCCAGCUGUGUACAAGAGGCACGAAAAGAACUGCUACCAGAAGGAAGCGGUGCUGAGGCCCGAGAACAACCAGGUCAUCAACCUCACAACACGCUACACCUGGUCAGGCUGUGUGGUGGAGGGAGACGGGAAUGAGGAGGUUCUGAGCUGUGUGGGCGGUCGUAGUUUCCGCUCGGUGAGGGAGAGAUGGUGGUACAUCGCUCUCAGCAAGUGUGGGGGCGAUGGCUUGCAGCUGGAGUACGAGAUGAAGCUGACCAAUGGCCAGUCUUUCUGGACGCAGCAUUUUUCUGCAGAUGAGUUCGGAAUCUUGGAGACGGACAUCACGUUCCUGAUCAUCUUCUCCUUGGUGUUCGUGCUCUCCUGCUACUUUGCCUACAAUCUGAAGGGAAGACAGCUUCUUCACACAACCUACAAAAUGUUUAUGACGGCGGCAGGUGUGGAGGUGCUCAGCCUGUUGUUCCAUUGUGUCUACUGGGGCCUGUAUGCGAGAGAUGGAGUUGGCAACGGCAGCCUGAAAAUACUGGGGAAAUUACUGUUCUCCGUCAGCUUCUUGGUGUUCCUUCUGAUGCUCAUAUUGUUGGGCAAAGGGUUCACCGUCACCAGGGCGAGGAUCAGUCAUAGUGGGUCGGUUAAGUUGAGCAUCUACAUGACCGUCUACACAAUCACCUACGUCAUCCUCUUCAUCUACGAGGCAGAGUUCUUUGACCCAGGCGAGGUGCUGUACGCCUACGACAGCCCAGCUGGCUACGGACUGAUGGGCCUGCAGCUGCUGGCCUAUGUGUGGUUCUGCUAUGCCGUGCUGGUCUCUCUGAAACACUACCCUGAGAAACAGCCCUUCUACAUCCCCUUCUUCACCACGUACACACUAUGGUUUUUCGCAGUGCCAGUUAUGGCUCUGAUCGCCAACUUUGGGAUUCCUCGUUGGGCGCGGGAGAAGAUCGUCAACGGCAUUCAGCUCGGCAUCCAUCUCUACGCUCACUUCGUCUUCCUCGUUAUCACACGACCCUCAGCAGCCAAUAAGAACUUCCCAUAUCAUGUUCGGACAUCCCAGAUUGGGAUCCUGCUGUCCAGUCCAAAAGCAGGCGAGGGGGCGGAGAGUUUCCCCCAUCAUGCCUACGGAAAUGGCUCCUUCCUGGGAGACUCUCAACCUAACUUCACUGAACUCUUCUCCAUCCAAUCAGACCCGGUGAAGACGGUGGAGGAGACAGUGGCCCGUAAAGGACCCGAGGUGCCGAGGAACAGCGAGCAGAAGAUCAUUACCACUGCUGCUGACCUGACGGCGAUAUUGCCCCCACCCCCGCCUCCGAUACCCCCGCGCCCGUCCGCACGCUCGCCCCCGCUGCCGCCCCGGCUCCCUUCCUUCACAGAGUAUUUCAGCAUGCAGAGCGGAGGAGGAGGAGGGUUUGGAACGAAGGCGUGAGACAGGACGGAACAGAGAUGGGUGGAAGGCAUGGAGGGAAUGGACAGAAUGACAAUACAACGUAAAGAAAAGAGGCACAGUGGAAAUGAAGAUGUUCAAAGACGCCGCAAAAAAAUAAAAAGUUUGGAUGGAUGAAGAAGAGACGAGAAAAGUGAAUCCCUUUUUUCACCUGUGAAUCUAAACAACCUGAAUGAAGGAGUGAGGGGGGAAAUAGCUGUGAGAUAGGAGGAGUGCUGAGCUUGUUAAAGAAUAAAGAAGCAAUAAAUAUUUGAUGUUGACCAGUAAAAGGCACACAGGGAGAAAGAUGACAAAGUGGAUGUAGCCAGAGCAAUAGGAUGAUAGCUGUGCACGGUGCGGAAAUGAACAAAAUUCUUGAAAUACUUCUAUUCAAAAAUUCAUGAAGCAUUGAUGGUGUGUCUGAAGGAGUUUGUAAAUAGCUAAAACUGGAGAGAGCUACCACUCUAUAUAGUUUUAUUUCCACAUCAUUAAAUUCCAGUUGGUGCUGUGACCAUCAGAAAAAAAUCUCAUGCCAUUUACAUUUAUUCAAGUCAUGUAAAAAAAAAAAAAGACUUUUUUAUGUUUGACACAUUUUGAUAAAGCAUAGAUAUUAUAUGGAGUUUGUUGGGUUCAUUUAUAUUCUUAUAUGCCUUCAUUGCAGCUGGUUAUUCUGGAUUGAUAUGCUGAUGUGUAAAUGUAAAAUGUCACGUUUACUGUGGGCACUUCUAGGUACUCGUAAAACACGCAUGUUUGUAUCGUAUUUCCUGUCCAAAAAAAGCUGAUAUAUGUAACUCCACGUGACCAUACAAUAUUCGCUUAUUGUGUGUAUUGAAAUCUAUACUUUUGUAAAUACAUACAAUAGGCUUUAGUAUAUUUUUGACUGGAUAAAUUCUGUAAAUUGUUAUUCCAAUCCAAAACUUGCGCUGUCUGGAACAUGAAACCUGUGUUGGUUUAACUGGAGUGCAGAAUAUGCCUGCUCAAAAAUGUCAUUUAAUGUGUAUGUAGACGUUGGUGAAUGUAUUGAUGCAAUACAGCACAAGGACAGGGGUGAUUUUCAAGUUACUGGAGUACCACAGUACACCGAAUUUUCUUUGGCUUUCAACUACAACACAUCCAUGAUUUAAGAGCAGCCUUUUUUAAACAUACGAGUAACUUCAUCCUCACCCCUGUCUAGAACCUGAAACAUGAAUAUUUGUUGGCUUUAUGUUCAAAUAAUACUAGUUUUUAUAUCCCCUAACAUUCAGCUAUGACGAUAACAAAAAAAAAAGCCUUGUAGAUCAACUGUGAAAACGGCAACACAACUGUACAUUUUGUCUGUCCUGCAUGGAGCACUUUAAUGUUCCUGGUCUUAGUCUGUUUAUUCGUGAUGAUGUCACCUUAUAAGACUGCUUUGAAACCUGUAUUCACACAUCUUACGAGUAGUAUUUCAGACGCAUACACCUGUAAAUACAGUCUGAAAAACGUCAUCGACUGUCCGGACAUUUUUAGGGGAACGUGUCAUGCUCAGUCAACGUGAUUUAACAUUGAAUUGCUGGAGUUGAUAAGUCGUGUAAGCGUGUCACUGAAGCUGAGUUUUCCUGCAAUUCAGAAACUAAAAAAAAAGGACCUGUGAAAGGACACCAGUUUUAUCUUGGCUGCGUUCAUUGAUUUCUGAUUUGUAAAAUAAUGGUGGAACUCAGCUUAUAGUCAAUCAAUGACAAUCUCACUGUAAUGGAGUACUGUAGGAUGUUAGGACUGUGGUGUGUAACCUGUAAGAGUGUAGUCAGAGGUGUAAUGAUACUUGAACUAGAGUACUAGUCGUUAUUUCUGAUUGUGUCCGGUUUAUAUUUGGCACGUUUGCCAUUUUGUCUGCUGUUGCCUAUUAUGGUUGCCAUGACUCGACUGAACAGGACACCGGGGUGUUUCGACUAACGGACAGGCUGACUGAAAUGUAUCACUGCUUCGACCUUGUGUAUAUUACUGACAUCCAAUUACAGGACUGAGACACUUGACGAAAAGAGAUUAUGUAUGCAUGACAGAAAACAGCACAGCUUUUAGGCUACUCAGAGCGAUCUGGUUAAGAGCACAUCACUAAAGCACUGUUCAAAUGCAUUUUAAUGGUGUCAAAUGACAAUUCUAAAUAUGCUGUACAUAUACACUUUUUGCCAAAAAUAAUAAAAAAUAUGGUUUUAUUAGA